AUGAAGGUGGUGGUCGUCGCGGGAACGCACUCGGGGGUGGGGAAGACGACGAUCGCGACGGCGUUGAUGCUGGCGUACGCGAGACGGGGACUGCGAGUGCGAGCGUUCAAGGUUGGGUGCGAUUUCGUGGAUCCCAUGGCGCACCGAUCGGCGCUGCGGAGCCAGAGCGGGGACGCGCGGGAGAGCGAAAAUCUGGAUGGGUACAUGAUGAGCGCGGGAGCGGUGGCGAGGGUGGUGGCGAAACACGCGGAGACGUGCGACGUGGCGAUCGUGGACGGGGUGAUGGGGCUGUACGAUGGGAGAGAUGGGAUGAGCGAGGACGGAUCGACGGCGCAGAUGGCAAAGUGGCUCGAGGCGGGGGUGCUGCUGGUGGUGGAUUGUAACGCCAUGGCGCGCUCGGUGGCGGCGGUGAUCAAGGGGUACAGAGAAUUCGACGCGGAGUUGAAUUUGGUGGGGGUGGUUUUCAACAAAACCGGUGGUGAGGCGCACACGGAGUACUUGCGAGAAAGUCUCUUGGCGGCGAUGGCGCACGUGGACGUCUUCGGGGGGAUUCCCAAGGACACCAACGGGCCCACGUUUGAUCCAACGAGCGCGGCGACGACGAGUGACGACGCCAUGGAGCAGAAAAUUCAGCACAUGGCGAUGUUGCUCGAGCAAAACGUCGAUCUCGACGCGUUGUUCGAAGCGAUGCCGGCGUACGAAAUUUCGCCGCGCGUCGCGCGCGAUUUGGCGCUCGAACGCGCCAUGCGAGAGGAACUCGAGGCGGGGCCGUCAAAGCCGAAAGUGCGCAUCGCUGUCGCUCGAGACGAAGCGUUUUGCUUCUACUAUCCCGAAAAUUUAGCCAAGUUGGAAGACGCGGGGGCGGAAUUAGUCUACUUUAGUCCGAUAGCCGGCGAAGGAUUGCCGAGCGACGUCCAAGGCGUCAUCUUUGGCGGAGGUUAUCCCGAGUUUCACGCGCAGGCCUUGUUCAAGAAUCGGCCUUUACGAUCGGCGGUGACGGCGUUUGCCACAGCAGGAGGCGUGGUGUACGCCGAAUGCGGUGGAUUGAUGUUCCUUUCGCAGUCGCUCUCAGCGCCGGAUGGGAGCUCGCCUCGAUCCAUGUGCGGCGUCGCGCCCUUCGCGACGCGACUCACGAGUUCGGUGAAGACGGGAUACGCCGAGAUCACUAUUGCGCCCGGAAAUCCUUUGUUCAACGAGGGUGAAGUCGUUCGAGGUCAGACGUUUCGAUACAGCGAAAUACACGGCGAUAGACCGAGCAAGAUGCGCCAGGAACGAAAAUUCGGCAAGGGCAAAAACUCGAUCAAUCUCGACGGUUUCGCGUGGAACAAUGUGCUGGUAUCGCAGUUACACCUUCACUUUGGCGCUAAUCCAUCUUUGGCUUCCUCGUUCGUUGAGUCGUGCAGA